UAUUGUUACAGCCUCGCGACAUUAACUGGCAAACAUGAUACGUUUUCCGAACAGAUAGUGUAAGGAAAGACAUUCCUAUAAGUUAUUUUUAUGGGAUAAUCCGGUAAACGAGCAGACGGAUCACCUGAUGGUAAGCAAUCGGCGUCGCCCAUGGACACCUGGACUCAAUGACGUUACAAGUGCGUUACCGGCCUUUUAGGGAUAAGGAAUUUUUGGGUUUUGAAAUACAGCUGGUAGAUUAUGCGAUAGUGUAGAAUCUACACUGGUCCGGUCUUCUCACUUCGUCCGAAACACUAUAAAAGCGUUGUUUCACGUCGAUUUUCUGUGAGGCCGUGGUACCACUCCG